AUGAAACUGGCCAAACAACCUAUUGUGGCAGGCUUUGUGCUGCUGAGGUUGUCAGAUCACCCAAGGCCGGAGAAAAUGUUCUUUGUGCUCAUCCUGCUGAUGUACCUGCUGAUCCUGCUGGGCCACGGGGUCCUCAUCCUGGUGACCACCUUUGACAGCCUGCACAUGGCCAUGUACUUCUUCCUGGACAACCUCUCCUUCCUGGACAUCUGCUACACAAAUUCAUCCAUCCUUCUAGUCCUGGAGGGUCUCCUCACUCCCAGGAAAACUGUCCCCCUCUCAGCCUGUGCUGUACAGGUGUUCCUCUCCUUUACCAUGGGAGCCACAGCAUGACUCCUGGGCGUGAUGGCAUUUGAUCACUACGUGGCCAACUGCAACCCCCUCAGGAACUCUGUGGUCAUGAGCAAGGCCGCCUAUGUGCCCAUGGCUGUCGGCUCCUGAGCAGUUAGAGGAGUCAACUUGAUAGUUCAGACAUCUCAGGCAACAAGACUGUCCUUUGAUGACAAUAUCAUCAACCAAUUCACAUGUGAGAUCUUGGCAGUCCUGAGGUUGGCCUGUGCUGACAUCUCCACCAAUGUCAUCAGCAUGGGAGUGGCCACUAUGAUCUUCCUGGGGGUCUAAGUGCUAUGCAUCUUUGUCUCCUACGUAUUCAUUCUCACGACCAUCCUGAGAAUCCCUUCCGCUGCUGGGAGGAAGAAGGCCUUCUCUACCUGCUCUUCCCACCUCACCAUGGUGAUAUUUUGUGGCAUUAUUUUCAAGUAUGCCAAGCCCAAGUCUAAGGAUUCACAGGGGACAGAAAAAGAGCAGCUUUCGGACAAGCUCAUUUCAUUGUUCUAUGGGGUGGUGACCCUCGUGCUCAACCCCAUCAUCUACAGCCUGAGGAAGGACGUGAAGGCCGCUAACCUGGUGAGUCGGAAGCACUUCAGCCAGUGA